AUGUUUCCUGAUCAUAGUCAGCAUAGAGGCCUAGGGGCACCACCAGGAACCGUUCCGCUAGAGGGUAAGCGCAUUGGAAUCUUCAUCAAAUAUCAAGUUUUCAUAUUGACGGCUGGGAUCUUUCGACUAGAUCUCCAGAGAAGUGCUUCGGGGGUGAUCAUAUUACAACCCAAGCCAACAAGGGAUCCAAAUGAUCCGUUGAAUUGGAAGAUUUGGGAGAAGUACCUCAAUUUUGGGCUUGUGUUGCUGUAUUCUUUGCUUGUCUUUGCCUUUAUUGGAGCGUCCACGCCCACAUGGGCACCGAUGAACAUUGAGUUGGGAUAUAGCUAUGAAAUUUUGCAAGAUAGCUAUGCAGUUGGUUCGGCGGCAUUAUGUAUUGGAGCAUUGAUAUUUAUACCCACAGCGCUCAAAUUCGGUCGACGUCCAGUCUACGUGAUGAGCACGCUGUUACAAUUUGGAGUGGCAAUUUGGUUUGCAAAAAUCCAAACGGUAGCUGACUUGAUGCUUGUGAAUGCGUUUUCAUGUCUUCUCGGAGCCCUGGCGGAAGUGAUUGUCCAGAUGACCGUAGCGGACAUUUUCUUUAUACACCAAAGAGGCAUGAUGAAUACCAUUUAUGUCUGGAUAAUGGUCAUUGGGUCUGCACUAGGACCUCUGGCUGCAGGUUACGUUACAACGUCGCAGGGUUGGCGUUGGGUAUGGUGGUGGAUGGCGAUCCUUUUUGGAAUCAGCUUUUUGCUGUUUCUCUUCUUCUAUGAAGAGACCAAAUUUCUUGGCUGCAUCGAAGGCUUGGCCCCAGUCAACCAGCCUCAACGAGAGGAUUCUGCUGGCCCCCAGGACAAUAUGAAUGAAAAAGAGGCUGAAAACAACCUGGAUGCAGAAGUCGGUGGAGGGAUGUUUGAAUUAACCACGUCAGAUAUCGACCUAUCCAUAUCACGAAAGACUUACUUGCAGCGAUUUUCCCUGUGGUCAUCAUCUCCAGGCUCGCUCGAGUUUUUUCUCCAUCACAUCUACCAACCCCUUAUUGUGACUUUCACCUUUCCAGCAGCGCUAUACGUCGCAGUGGUAUACGGGAUGUUGACAGCCUUGUGGCAAGUCAUGAUAACUGUGGUGGCCUCAGUUAUGCCCGAGCCACCCUAUGCCUUUACUGCAUCGCAGAUCGGUCUUAUGUCCUUGGCCCCCUUCAUUGGAACAACAAUCGGAAGCGUGAUUGUUGCACCUCUGAGCGAUAGGUUAGUUUUGAGACUAGCCACGAGAAACGGAGGAGUAUUCGAACCCGAAAUGCGCCUCUGGAUUUUGCUUGCAUUUUCUCCAUUAAUACCAGUGGGAACGUUACUCUUUGGAUACAGCCUCGGAAAUGCCCAACCUUGGUACUUUGUUGCCAUCGGCUAUGGACUUUAUGGUCUUGCCAUGGGGCCUAUCAGCAGCACGUCUUUGACAUAUUUGACUGAUGCCUACACGAACAUCGUGGCGGAUUCAGUAGCUGGAGUGACCUUCAUUAGGAAUAUUUUUGCUACAAUUUUUGUGUUUGCGCUUACACCCUGGGCCACUGCUGUCGGCAUCGCAAACGUGUUUCUUACAAUGGGAAUUCUCCUAUCAAUCGUGCUAAUUCCGGGCACAAUUGCCUUUCUAUAUUAUGGGAAGAGCAUCAGACGCUGGACCACAGGUCGGUAUCACCGUUACUCAGCAUUAUAG